AUGGUGGAGGCAGAAGAACCAAUAAACCCUGGCCAGGUAAAACUUCCAGAACCCGUCGCAGUACCCACAGAGCCCGUCGCCGUCCCCACAGAACCCGUCGCCGUCCCCACAGAACCCGUCGCCAUACCCACAGAACCCGUCGCCGUCCCCACAGAACCCGUCGCCGUCCCCACAGAACCCGUCGCCGUCGCCAUACCCACAGAACCCGUCGCCGUCCCCACAGAACCCGUCGCCGUACCCACAGAACCCGUCGCUGUACCCACAGAACCCGUCGCCGUACCCACAGAACCCGUCGCCGUACCCACAGAGCCCGUCGCCGUACCCACAGAACCCGUUCCCGUCCCCACAGAACCUGUCGCCGUCCCCACAGAACCCGUCGCCGUCCCCACAGAACCCGUCGCCGUCCCCACAGAACCCGUCGCCGUCCCCACAGAACCCGUCGCCGUCCCCACAGAACCCGUCGCCAUACCCACAGAACCCGUCGCCGUCCCCACAGAACCCGUCGCCGUACCCACAGAACCCGUUCCCGUCCCCACAGAACCCGUCGCCGUCCCCACAGAACCCGUCGCCGUACCCACAGAACCCGUCGCCGUCCCCACAGAACCCGUCGCCGUACCCACAGAACCCGUCGCCGUCCCCACAGAACCCGUCGCCGUACCCACAGAACCCGUCGCCGUACCCACAGAACCCGUCGCCGUACCCACAGAACCCGUCGCCGUACCCACAGAACCCGUCGCCAUACCCACAGAACCCGUCGCCGUACCCACAGAACCCGUCGCCGUACCCACAGAACCCGUCGCCGUCCCCACAGAACCCGUCGCCGUCCCCACAGAGCCCGUCGCCGUACCCACAGAACCCGUUCCCGUCCCCACAGAACCCGUCGCCGUCCCCACAGAACCCGUCGCCGUCGCCGUCCCCACAGAACCCGUCGCCGUCGCCGUCCUCACAGAACCCGUCGCCGUCCCCACAGAACCCAUCGCCGUCCCCAACAGAACCCGUCGCCGUUCCCACAGAACCCAUCGCCGUCCUCACAGAACCCGUCGCCGUCCCCACAGAACCCAUCGCCGUCCCCAACAGAACCCGUCGCCGUUCCCACAGAACCCAUCGCCGUCCUCACAGAACCCGUCGCCGUCCCCACAGAGCCCGUCGUCACCCCGUACGACCAAUAUAUUGACCAUGUCAGCAGGUCACAAGAAAUACCACCGAUGCAUUAGCCCGUCGUCAUAG